UGUAUAACAUGUCCGAUUUACCGUGAGUUUCUGAGACCAUCUGUUGUGUCAAACACAAUGACUGGGAUGACAUGUUUUAUACAUACAUUUUGGUCUCAGAAACCAACGGUUAGUAAGCGUCAUUCACGAUAAGUGAGUGCGGGGAUAAACCCGUGUAAUCGAGAGCAGUAAGGUUAUGCAUCUGUUUGUGAGAACAAAUCGGAUGGCUUGGUUGUGUUGGUCUAGUUUUCUUCUAUAUUUAGUGGAAUUUUAUUUUUUAUUUAUAAUAUUUGUGGUAAUAACUGAAAAACUGAUUAUAAAAAACUGCACUUAAAGAUUAACGGACAAUGGCAGUUACAUGGUGCGUAGUUUUACUUGGAGUAUUAUUAAGUAUUGAAGCAAAACCAUCAUGUAAAUUCGAAGAUGACAGUUCAAGACAUUUGGAAUGUUCGCCUGGUGAUAGUGAUUAUAUUUUGGAUAAAGGUCUUGUAUCUGAUAAGGCUCGAAUUGUUAUUAUAACACUUCGCAGUUGCAAGAUAACAUCCUUGAACACUGAUUGCUUCGAAGGUCUGCCUAGAUUAGAAAGACUAGAUAUAUCCCACAAUAAACUAACAACUCUACCACUGGGUGUCCUCGAUAAAGUACCAAAAUUGACAUAUUUCAAUGCAUCUUAUAAUAUAAUCACAAAUUUACCAGUUGGAUUGUUUAAAAAUGUUCAAAAUCUGAUACAAUUGGAUUUAACUGGCAAUCAUUUGUAUGAAAUUAAUCCGGGAUUGUUUAAGAAAAUACCGACGAUUUUUCUUGCAAUGAAACAAGAUACAAUCACAAUGGGCUGGUGGUGGAUUUUAAUCGGAUUAAUUUCGUACGUGAAUGCUCAACCUUCUUGUAAAUUCUACGGUUCAUCAAAAACCAUAGCAUCAUGCAAGCCAGGAGACAGUGACUACGUUUUAGUAAGAGGACUAGUUUCGGACAACAACAGAACUACGAAGAUCAUUCUACGUGGCUGCAGAAUUACAGAUGUUGAUUAUGAAUCUUUCGAAAACUUACCAGCAUUGAAAUAUUUGGAUUUAUCUCAGAAUGCAAUAAGAUUCCUUAAAUUGGGUACUCUUGAUGAGGCUUUGGAAGUAACGCAUCUCAAUUUAUCGUACAAUAUGCUAAGUCAAUUUCCAUUAGGGCUAUUCGAUCAGAAAACAAAGUUGUUAACACUCGAUCUAACAGGAAAUAAGCUUGUUUCCUUUGAAUUAGGGAUUUUCGAUACAGUCCCGAAAUUAAAAUAUUUAUAUUUGUCUACCAACUCAUUUGUAGGUAAAGAUUUAAAUCCAUAUUUGUUUGAUCAAAAUCCGAAUCUCUCUAUUUUAGAUUUCUCCAGGAAUGAUAUGUCAGCAUCUCCAGAUAAUCUGUUACAUGCAUUAUAUAAUUUAGAAACUUUAAAUUUAGAUCGAACUUUUCUAACUGCGGUGCCGAAAUUUGCAACAGCGGCUAAUUUGAAAUCCUUGAAAAAUUUAAUAUUAUCAACAAAUCAAAUAAAAAGAAUAGAUAGUCCAACUGUAUUUAUUAAUUUAGAUAACUUAAAAGUUUUAGAUUUAUCACAGAAUAAUUUGGAAUUUAUACACGAAAAUACGUUUAAACCUUUAAGGAAUCUGGUUGGAAUUAUAUUAAGAAGUAAUAAACUAACGCAUUUACCUGAAAAUCUAUUUCAAAAUGUACCAAAAUUGAUAAACAUAGAAUUAUCUCAUAAUCAAUUGAAAACUGUUAGCAUUAAUAAUUUCAAAGGUACUUCAUUGAAGAAUUUAAAUUUAUCGGAUAAUAAAAUAAUAUUUUUGCCAGAAAAUUUCUGUUCGGAAUUACAAAAUAUAGAUAUAAUAUUAGCAAAGCUUUAUUUUCUACCAAAUCCUUGGGAAUGUGCUUGUAUGAAUGAGUUAAUUAAUGAAGUUAAAACAAUGAACAUUUUGUAUGAUGGAGGUGAUUUUGACGGAGCACAUCAAGUUUGUGUUGUAAAAGAUAAGUUUGUUUGUGACAGAACAUUAUAACCGUAAGGUGCCACUGAUGAAACACAAGUAAAAAAUAUUAUUGCCAUCCCAUUAGUUCUUUUUGCAAAAAACAAUAUUCUUAACGUGAGGGUUUUGUGAGGCACUUUACGGUUAAUACAUAAUUCUAUUGCUUACUAUCU